GCAUCCUCAGGCCCUUUACCCAUGGAGAAAUCAAGGCAAGGGAAUGGUCAGGAUGAAAAGGGACUGGAUCAUCCCUCCAAUCAGAGUGCUGGAGAAUAGCAAGCAUGUUCCAGAAGACCUCGUCCAGAUCAAAUCAGACAAAAUCUUCACAGGUGAGGUGAUCUACAAGUUGGAAGGACCAGGGGUGGACCAGGAUCCAAAGAAUUUGUUUGAGAUUGAUGACAAAUCAGGAGUAAUCAGGAGCAAGCGGCCACUGGACAGAGAGAAAGACCGUAGCUUCACGCUGAAAGCUUUUGCACUGUCCCCAAGUGGAGAGAGACUAGAGAAUCCGACCACCAUAGAGAUAGUUGUGCUGGAUCAGAAUGACAACAGACCUGCCUUCACCCAGAAGCAGUUCAAUGGUGCCGUCUUGGAGUUCUCUGUUCCAGGCACGUCAGUGAUGUCAGUGUCAGCCACUGAUGCAGAUGACCCAAUGACCGAUAAUGCUCAUCUGAGCUACUCUAUCAUCAGCCAGGAGAGCAUCCCUGCCAACGCUGUUACUAAGACUAUGUUUGGUAUCAACAACCAGACUGGGGCCAUCUACACAAGAGAUGUAGGCCUGGAUCGAGAGGUGGUGAAAAGUUUCCGAUUAAAACUACAGGUUGCUGAUAUGGGAGGCAUGGGGCUAACAAGUGAAGGUGUGGCAAUCAUAGAUGUAUCUGACAUCAACAAUAACGCCCCACAGUUCAGCCCUGCUUCGUACAGUAUGACAGCAGUGGAGAACUUGAAGGAAUAUGAGGUUGGUCGGGUGAACGUGACGGACAAAGAUGAUCGUGGAACAGGAAACUGGGAGGCCAAAUACUUCAUUUCUAAUGACCCUCAUGGAAACUUUGCUAUCACUACAGAUCCUGACACCAACCAGGGUGUUUUGAUGGUGGUGAAGCCUUUGGAUUAUGAAACACAGAAAGAGUACACCCUGAUUCUGAAGGUGGAAAAUAUCAAUCGUCUAGACAAGGCCCCAAACCUGCCAGUGAGCACUGCUACUGUGGUGGUGACUGUUGUGAACGAGAAUGAAGCUCCACGUUUCAAAGAGAACCCCAUAAAGAUCGUGGUCCCUGAGUCUGUGGUUCCUGGAACAAUUCUGAAACACAAUAUUGCCCUUGACCCUGAUAAUUCUGAGCUGAGGUAUGAAAUUAGCAGAGAUCCUGAGAGGUGGCUGGACAUCAACAGAAAUACUGGAGACAUUAUCGCCAAGAAAAGCUUUAACAUGCGAUCUCCACAUGUUAAAAACAAUAUCUACAAUGCUGUGGUCAAGGUUACAGGUCAGUAUGCUGAUGGUCUGUCAACUACAGCCACAGUGGUCAUCACACUGAAGGAGACCAAUGACUACCCACCUCAGCUCUUCCCUUUGAGUGGCUCUGUAUGCAGGAAUGCAGGCCGGGCGAGUUCUGGUCUGGUUCUGACUGCUGUGGAUGAAGACCUUUCUCCACAUGCUGCACCUUUUAUCUUUGAAAUGACUGAUGACGCGUCAAACAACUGGACUGUUAUUCAUGUCAACGAUACACACUCACUGCUUCAGCCAGUCUUAGAGCUGGAGCCAGGAGAGUAUGCAGUCACAAUGUUGGUGUCGGACUCUGGGAGUCCAGUUCUCAGUGCUUAUGCUCAGGUCAAUGUCACUGUGUGUCUCUGUGACUCCUUCGGUGAUUGCAAAUCUGAGGCAGGGGCGAUCUUUGGCUCCAGUGUGGGAAUCAGCUUCUUUGCUCUCAUCAUCAUCAUGGUCUGUUUUGCCCUUCUACUGUUGCUACUCCUCCUGGCUGUGGCGGUGACCACUUGUGGGAGACGCCAUCAUAUCAAGAAAGGAACAGGUCUGCUUGUUGGAGAUUCAGAGGAUGACAUACGUGAUAAUGUCCUCAACUAUGAUGAGCAAGGAGGGGGUGAGGAAGAUGAGAAUGCCUUCAACAUCGACCUGCUGUGGAAUCCCCUCGAAGCUCCUUCGACCCCGGGGUCCUACUGUCCAAUGCCUGGUGUUCCUCGAGGCAAGCAGCCCCUCAGGAGGGAUGCCCCCCACAACCUGCCUUCCCCAACCUACCCACGGAGGCCUCCUGCAGAUCCUACUGACAUUGAGGACUACAUCAAUGAUGGCCUGGAGGCCGCAGACAAUGAUCCUAACGUACCUCCCUAUGACACAGCCCUGAUCUAUGACUAUGAGGGAGAGGGCUCACUGGCAGGCAGCCUCAGCUCCAUUGCUUCAAGCAGCUCUGAUGGAGACCAGGACUACGACUACCUCAACGACUGGGGACCACGCUUUCAGAAACUGGCCAACAUGUAUGAUCCACGUUAAGAUGGAGAGCAACCUACAGAAAGAAGACCUGUGUGACUCAACACCAGUUAGAGACAUGCCUUGGGGUGUUUCUCUGGACACAUUUAAAAAAAGGAAUCCAAUGUUAUGCAGAACAAUUGGUCUUUAACGUAAAGUGCCUAAUGUUAUAAUGAGGAUCAUUUGGAGAGAAAACACCAAUGACUUGUUGAAAGAUUUAGGGGAGAGCUCAGGAGACCUAAACAAGAAAGAAAUAUCAAUUGUUGAUAUGAUCAGCGGCAAAGAGAGGAGCUGUGCAUGCUGCAAGGCAACAGAACGUGUGUUGAAAUGUGUGUCCAUGUCAGGUUUUGUUUCUCCUUAGUCUUGGAUUGCUCAGUGAUGAUGCAUACAACAAACCUGAGACAUAAGAAAAUCUUUUAAAUGUAUUUCUUUUUUAUAUAUUAUUUUAUAAGAUGAAUUUGCUUUGAUAUUGAUUUUGUUUGUCUUUUUAUUUGAUCACAAAUCCUCCAUUCCAGCAUCUGCAAUAUUUUUUGGAAGCCACAAAAUAUGACUCAACAAAAAAAAAACAUGCUGUACCACACACUAUUGUGAAAUCAAUGUAUCUGGAGGUGAAGACUUUGAAUGAUGUUUUUUAAUAUGUUCAUUGAAUUUCGAUUUUA